UGGGAGGUGGAGGCGGAUGCAUGGGGCGGGGCUAAGGAAGAGUGGGGCGGGGCUUGCGAGGAAAUCGACCCUCACCGCCCAGACGGGGCGGAGCCGCGCGGCCUUGUGUAGUCCGGGCGCGGGUCGUAAAGGUGGCGAGGAGCGCGAAGCGGAAGGUAAAUGUGCGCGGAACGAGUUCCAGUGCUGGGACGGGAAGUGCAUCUCCUACACGUGGGUGUGCGACGGCAGCGCCGAGUGCCCGGACGGCUCGGACGAGUCCCAGGACACGUGCCUGGCUGCCACCUGCAAAUCGGGCGACUUCAGCUGCGGGGGCCGCUUGAACCGCUGCAUUCCCAACUCCUGGCGAUGCGACGGCCACGAGGACUGCAACAACGGUGCCGACGAGCGAGGCUGUCCCGCCAAGACGUGUCCUGAGGACGAGUUCCGCUGCCAGGACGGCCGGUGCAUCUCCCAGCAGUUCCUCUGCGACGGGGACCGCGACUGCGCGGACGGCGCGGACGAGGCUGCCUGCUCGGUGGCCACCUGCAGCCCCGGCGACUUCCAGUGCAACACCUCAGCCUGCGUUCCCCAGCUGUGGGCCUGCGACGGGGACCGCGACUGCGCGGACGGCUCGGACGAGUGGCCGCAGCACUGCGGGGGCCGGGACACGUCAGCGCCCCGGGGCGACAGCGGGCCCUGCUCCUCGCUGGAGUUCUACUGCCGCAGUGGCGAGUGCAUCCACAGCAGCUGGCGCUGUGACGGAGGCCCCGACUGCAGGGACAAGUCCGACGAGGAGGGCUGCGCGGUGGCCACCUGCCGCCCGGACGAGUUCCAGUGUGCGGACGGCAGCUGCAUCCACGGCAGCCGGCAGUGCGACCGGGAGCACGACUGCAAGGACAUGAGCGACGAGGUCGGCUGCGUCAACGUGACACUUUGCGAGGGCCCGGACAAGUUCAAGUGCCACACCGGAGAGUGUAUCACGCUGGACAGGGUGUGCAACGGGGCCCGGGACUGCCGAGACUGGUCAGACGAGCCCCUCAAGGAGUGUGAGACCAAUGAAUGCUUGGACAACAAUGGGGGCUGCUCCCACAUCUGCAACGAUCUCAAGAUCGGGUACCAGUGUCUGUGCCCCAGUGGCUUCCACCUGGUGGACCAGCAGCAGUGCAAAGACAUUGAUGAGUGUCAGGACCCCGACGCCUGCAGUCAGCUGUGCGUGAACCUGGAGGGGAGCUACAAGUGCGAGUGCGAGGACGGCUUCCACAUGGACCCCAGCACCAAGACCUGCAAGGCCGUGGGCUCCGUCGCCUACCUCUUCUUCACCAACCGCCACGAGGUGCGGAAGAUGACGCCGGACCGCAGCGAGUACACCAGCCUCGUCUCCAACCUGAAGUACGCGGUGGCCCUGGACGCCGAGGUGGCCAGCAACCGGCUCUACUGGUCCGACCUGUCCCAGAGGAAGAUCUACAGCACCCAGAUCGACAGGGCCCCCGGCCCGUCCGCCCAUGACACGGUCAUCAGCGGAGACCUGCAGGCCCCCGACGGGCUGGCCGUGGACUGGGUCCACGGCCACAUCUACUGGACCGACUCUGUCCCCGGCACGGUGUCUGUGGCCGACACCAGGGGCGUGAAGAGGAGGACUUUGUUCCAGAAGAAAGGCUCCAAGCCCAGGGCCAUCGUGGUGGACCCCAUGCACGGCUUCAUGUACUGGACAGACUGGGGGACCCCCGCCAGGAUCGAGAAAGGGGGCCUGAACGGCGUGGACAUCUACUCGCUGGUGACCGAAAACAUCGAGUGGCCCAACGGCAUCACACUGGAUCUCUCUAGCGGCCGCCUGUACUGGGUUGACUCCAAACUCCACUCCAUCUCCAGUAUCGACGUCAAUGGCAGGAACAGGAAGACCAUCUUGGAGGACGAGAAGCGGCUGGCCCACCCUUUCUCCUUGGCCAUCUUCGAGGACAAAAUAUUCUGGACGGAUAUCAUGAAUGAAGCCAUUUUCAGUGUCAACCGCCUCACAGGCCUGGAUGUCCAUCUAGUGGCUGAAAACCUGUCGUCACCUGAGGACAUCGUCCUGUUCCACAGCGUCACACAGCCAAAAGGGGUGAACUGGUGUGAGAGGACGGCCCUCCCCAACGGUGGCUGCCAGUACCUGUGUCUGCCGGCCCCGCAGAUCAGCCCCCACUCCCCCAAGUUCACCUGUGUGUGCCCCGACGGCCUGGUGCUGGCCAGGGACAUGAGGAGCUGCCUCACAGAGGCCGAGCCUGCCGUGACCCCCUCAGUGCCACCCACUGCCAGGCCAAAGCACACGGAUGAGCGCCCCACCCUCAGCACGCCCGGGCAGCCUGUGGCCACCCCUGGGCUCACCACGGCGAAGUCAGCGACGAUAUCCCACCCAGACGUGGGCAGUGCUGCUGGCAGAGGGGACGAGAAGCCGCGCAGCGUGGGGGCUCUGACCAUCGCCCUCCCUAUCGGGCUGGUCGUUCUCCUCUGCCUCGGUGCCUUCCUGCUCUGGAAGAACUGGCGGCUCAAGAGCAUCAACAGCAUCAACUUCGACAAUCCCGUGUACCAGAAGACCACGGAGGACGAGGUACACAUCUGCCGCAACCAGGACGGCUACACCUACCCCUCGAGACAGGUGGUCAGCCUGGAGGACGACAUGGCAUGAACCUGAGAGCCCUGCCCUCCUGGGACCAGGAAGGACCCUUUCUCCCAGCCCUGCCCCCC